CGUUCGACCAUGGCCUCCUCUUCUAAACCCUUCGUGCAACCUGGCGAGCCUCUCCAUGAAUUCUUGCGCUCUUUCUGGCAGCGACAGGUGGAUGCGGCGGAGCAAGAAACACCAGACUACCGCCAUCCUCCCCUUCCGCUCGCGCGAAUCAAGAAGGUCAUGAAGAGCGACCCAGAGGUCAAGAUGAUUGCAGCUGACGCUCCCAUACUCUUCUGCAAGGCCUGUGAAAUCUUCAUUGCGGAGAUCACGGCACGCGCAUUUAUCAUCGCCGACUCCAAUAAGCGGCGGACGCUGUCACGCGCGGAUAUUGCUAAAGCGUUGAGCAAGUCGGAUCAAUUCGACUUCUUGAUCGAUAUCGUCCCCCGCGAGGAGCCUCCUGGUGCUGCUGGGCAAGCAGGUGGGAAAGGGCAGAAAAAGGGGGCCGCAGCGCAAGGCAACGGCGUUCCCGCCCCGCAGAGCCGAGAGAACUCUCAGCAAGCCUCGAUAGAGAACGAAGAAGCCAAUGCCGAAGAUGUCACAAACGGCGUCGACUUAGAGCAGCUUCAGUCGUUGCUUCAGCCUCCUGGUCCAAUAGAGCCUCGUUCUCUGUCUUGAGCUUGUCUGUCGGAAUCCCUCACUGUGCAUCUAGUCCAUUCUGUUGUCUGUUGUCGAAGUGUAUUGCUAUUGAGUAUCUUAUUCCCG